AAGUGAUCGACUUUGAUACAUUCGGCAGAUAUCGAAUUUUUUGUUUGCAUGGAAAACUUACUAGUUAUAUGAAUGGCCGCUGUUCAAAUCUAUCUGGGAGUGUACUAAACAGAUGUUUGACGUCAUAUGCGCUAAAUACCUUUGAACAUUUCAAAAGAUAACUGCGGCAUUGUGACGUCAUAAUGACUAUGUUUUAUGACCUUUUAACCCUCCAUGCAAGGCAGCCUGGUGGUGUUGGAGACUUUGGAGAUACAGAUAUGCCGACAUCAAGCCAAGCAAUGAUUCUAAAAAACACUCACUUGGACGAAAAACUCUCAAUUUAUCGUAAAUUAUCCGUCAGUGAUCGUGCGUGUCCAGUAAGCAGUGUAGAUCUUAAUGACUUAUUCAACGAGUCCUGUCGUGCUGUCGGCGAGAAGUUUCUAAAAUGCUACCUCUCAGGUUCAAAAGAAAGAGUACGCGAAAAAUUGGAGAAAGUAUUGAAAGAAAAAGGACUAAAACCUCACUUUCAGUAUAAUCCUGCGUCUGGAAAUUUCACCUGGAAAUUUGAUUUUGCUGAGCAAGAUGACACUGUUCAAACAGCCAGACCAAAGACCAGUGUCCCAAAAACACACUCUCCUAGGGAAGACCAAGAAACAGACACAAGGAGCAAGUCUGCCACCGUCACGAAAUCCUAUGCUGAGGGGCAUAGGAGAUUGGGAAUAUACACAGAACUGCCGGAAAAUAUCCAGUCUCUAGGGUUCCGAAGACCAAGUAAAAAGUCUAUUAGAAAACAGGUCAAGUCAGCACCUCUUGUCUCAGAGCAGUGUAAAAUACAUUUCCUUCAAGAGCCAGAAAUAACAUAUUCUGACCCCGAUAUACAAGUUGUCAUUACAAAUAAAGAGAGAGGUGUUACAACAGAACCAGCAACAAAGAGCAGCGAAUUAGAAAGAGGUGAGGACGAAGCACCUGCGCAAUACGAAGACCUCUGUCUUCCGGCAGUGUAUCUUAGAAAAAAGCCCGCAGAAAAACAACCCCUUACUGUGUGUUUCAGUCUCAAAGACAAUGAAAACAUAACACACAAAGAGCUGAAGAACCACAUAGAGGCUGAAAUGGGGGUCAAGGUCAUGCGUCUGCAGUACGAACCACUGUCUGUGAGGUCAGGGGAUCCCAGUGUUAAUGGCCGCUGGUUAGCAACUAUGAGGAACUUGUUCGAAGUUGACACACUUUUGCGAAAAGGUUUCUACAUGAAUGGUAACCACAUGAUUGUCAAAAGAUGGGACGAUAUUUCUGAGAAAGAAUAUAGGAAUUACAGAUACAUGCAAGAUAUCAAUAACGAAAGGGAGAGAUUAAAUUUACCCUCAUCCAAAUCCUCAAGAAAAUUCUUAAAAGGAAGUAGAUGAUGAAAAAAGAUAGCGACAGUUUCAUUGUGAGUUACAUUAUAAUUGUUCCUGAGUGUUUCUAAUGCUUAUUUGUAGUGUAUUUUAUUGUGAACAAAGAACACCGGCUUAUCAAAUUGGUUUGUUGCUAAUGUAUACUACUAGUACAUAUAUAGUAGACCCCCAUUUCUUUCCAUUCCGGUUAUGUCUAUGGCGUGCUAUUCUUUGCAGUACUUUACAAUAUUUGAGAUGCUGAAUAGAGUAUGAAUAAAAUUAAUCCAUUACUGGU